ACAGGCCCCCUGGCUUGGAAAGCAUCUUUCGCCAAGGGCAAGCCUUCUGUGACGCAAAAGGACGGAGCAACUUCCAAAUUUGGCCCAACCGUUGGCGGUUGUUUGGUGUGUGCUGAGUGA